AUAUUCUAAUCCGGGUCACAGAAUGGCUAAGGCAGCUUUAAGUGGAAGGUGGAAUUUUUUCCCUGCGUUUGUCUCCUGUUUUCAACUCUGAAAGAAUGUUGUGGCUUCUCUUUUUCUUGGUGAAUGCUAUUCAGGCUGAACUCUGUCAACCGGAUGCAGAAAAUGCCUUUAAAGUGAGACUUAGUAUCCGAACAGCUCUUGGAGAUAAAGCAUAUGUAUGGGAUACAAAUGAAGAAUAUCUCUUCAAAGCAAUGGUGGCUUUCUCCAUGAGAAAAGUUCCCAACAGAGAAAAAACAGAAAUUUCCCAUGUCCUUCUUUGCAAUGUAACCCAGAGAGUGUCAUUCUGGUUUGUGGUUACAGAUCCUUCAAAAAACCAUACUCUUCCUGCAGUUGAAGUCCAAUCUGCCAUAAGAAUGAAUAGGAACCGGAUCAACAAUGCAUUCUUUUUGGAUGACCAUACUUUAGAAUUUUUAAAAAUUCCUUCCACUCUGGCACCACCUACAGACCCACCUGUGCCCAUCUGGAUUAUUGUAUUUGGUGUGGUAUUUUGCAUUGUCAUAGUAGUUACUACACUACUGGUCUUAUCAGGGAUUCGGCAACGUAGAAGGAAGAACAAAGGACCAUCUGAAGUGGAUGAUACAGAAGACAAGUGUGAAAACACAAUCACAAUUGAAAAUGGCAUCCCUUGCGAUCCUCUGGACACAAAGGGAGGGCACAUUAAUGAUGUCUUCUUAACAGAGGAUGAGCGGCUCACCCCUCUCUGAGAAUAACACUUGUUUCUAUGCCACUACUGAACAUCCUAAGAUAGUUUCUUUCGUAAGAAAUUUUAAUGUGCUUGAGAGUAAUAAGAUAAUUAUACCUGCAAACUGCUCUGAAUCAUAAGAUGCCAACUAAAAUAUUUUUGAAAAUGCAGUAAGUAUAGCUAUGUGGUGUUUUUAUUGAUUUAAUCAUUUAUAAGACUAAGGAAAUUGUAUUCCAGGGGAGAAUAGCCACAACAUGGCCUAGCAGUAAUUGAAAAUGAAUUCUUUUUGAAUAAUGCAUAUAUCACCUUGUAUAUGAGCAAGUAAUGAAAAAUAAAAAUGGAAUUGAUAAAAAUGACAAUGUUGAUUCACAGGGUGAAAUUUUAUCUUGCUAUCAUAUUUAGAGCUACAUGCAUAUUUUCUGAGUAUCAGCCUUUAAUAAGGCAGAUCUGUUUGUUAACUAUUUGCCAAUUUAAUAAAGCACUAAUCACCUCUUUUUGAA